CGAGUCCCGAUUCCCGAGCCCGAGCCCGUCCAUCGCCCACGCCCUUUCGCGCCGAGAAUCCCGAGGAUGGGAAGCGCAGCGCGGAUGCCGUAAAUUCCACGAACGAGGAAUUGUCGUCGCUGGCUGCCUAUUUCUACCACCGACUCUGACACGAUCAGGCGAUUUUGGUCGUACGCGCCGCCUGUCCUCCAAAUCGCGGGCCCGGUUGCACGAGACGAUCGUUCUGUCUGUCAAAAUGCAGAUUACGAGAAGGUUGUCGCAGGUUAUGGGGUUGAGCAACGAGUCAACGGCGCCCUACACCAGCGCCAGUUGGGAUCCUGAGCUGUAUCACGAUGCUCUGUCGGAUGUCAGCCUCGAGGUCGCGGACGCUCCCGUUGCCGGCGAAGAAGACGUCGCUGCCGCACCACCGCGAAUGGCCAUGGGUAAGCGAAUUUCGACCUUCUUCGGCAUCGAUUCCGGUGCUCGAGAGGCGGAUGUCGAUGCCGAGCGGGAGGAGAAACAGCUCCCUUCGACAUCAGGUUCCAAGGAGGAGCUCGUGUCCAGAGUGAAGAACAAAGUCUCUGUGUUCUUGGCGAUGACGAGACCGCACGAGAGUGCCGAAAGUUCCACGCCUCCUCCCGAGAGCUCCGAUGCCGCUCAGAGAGAAAUCGAUCUUCCGACUACGUUCCAUCGUAGCUCUGGAAGGAGACAGCAUCCUCGUUUGAAACAAGGACCUGGCAAGAGUUCAUCCACACCGUGGAAGCGGAGUGCCCCUAUUCAAUCACAGCAUCAAGUGCACAUGCUCAGUACCCUACAACUCAUCAGUAUCACCUUCUUCGCCGUUUCCGGGGUGAGAACUCCGAUUUUCACCACGGCUCCUGUUCACCUCAUUCCCAGUCCUCUCACUUUACGGCCGCCGAUUUGGGCAACGCAAGAGCAUAAACGUUUUCUGACAUUGGGACCGAAAAAACCAGAAAUGAUCCGGAAUCACUAUCCAGAUGUUUCUCUUUUUUUUUGUCACAAUGUCAAAAGAUGUACGUCACUAUGAGCUUGUUCUAGCUCAUAGUGACGUCUCUUUUGAGAAUUUCUUUCGUUCUUGGAGUUUUUUAUUUUCAAAGUGGCCAGUCGAAGUCAUAAGGUUUGGGUACAAGGGACCUUAUGGAUUUGAGCCUACUGUGGGAGCUGGGGGGCCGGGGCUGAUGCUGGUAGGACUGCUUUUAGUCCCUGUACUGUGGGCUGCCCCUCUUGCAUUCAUGACAGCAGAGCUCUCGUGUAUGAUUCCGGAGAGCGGAGGCCAUGUUCUGUGGGUGUACAGAGCAUUUGGCCCAUUCUGGUCAUUUGUCAACAGUUGCUUUGCUUUCGCAUGCAGUAUUUUGGACAAUGCUAUGUACCCUGUCCUGUUUGUGGAAUACCUGUCAGCUCUUCUGUAUGAGGGGAAGGAUAUCAUCUCCUAUGGCUGGAGUGUGUUUAUCAAGAUAUUCCUUGUGUUCAUUGUCACCGUUAUCAACAUUCUUGGUAUCAAUAUUGUAGGUGUUGUCUCUGUCAUCCUCGGAAUUCUGGUACUGGCCCCAUUCAUAACCAUGUGUCUCAUCGGGUUAACACAUCUCAAUUUUGACUGGAUGGGUCUUGAUGGCCCUGAUACGGCCUUGGCUCCUUCUCCCUCUCUGCCAACAGUCAUCGAUUGGGGAAAAUUUUUGACGUUGCUGUUAUGGAAUACCUCUGGAUUUGAUGCAGCUGGCACAUGUGCAGCUGAAGUGCGAAAUCCUGGUCACUCCUUUCCUCGUGCCUUGUCAAUAAGUGUGAUGUUGAUGGUUGGGGUAUAUGCCCUACCAACGAUUAUCGGAGUGAGUGUACUCCCAGACUACAGAUUGUGGAAGGAAGGAACAUAUAUAAUCGUUGCGAAACUUAUUGGCGGUGACAUUCUCAAGGGCUGGAUGGGAUUUUCUGCAGCUUCAAGUGCGCUCGGACUCCUCCUUACCCGUCUUUGUACGAAUUCCAGAAUCGUCUAUGGCAUGGCCCUCGUUGAGCAGGUACCCCAGGUGUUUUCCAAGCUACACUCAGUUUAUGCUUCUCCAUGGGCAGCUAUCCUUGCAACGUCUUUUUGUACGCUUUUGAUGACAGGGUUCAAUUUCUACUCUCUUGCCGAGGCAGAUAUGCUAUUCUACGCCUUCUCGACAGUACUGAAGUUCAGUGCUUUGGUUCAACUUAGGUUCACAGAACCAGAUGCUUUUCGGCCGUAUCGGAUUCCUCUCAGUGAUUAUGCUCUGGGAGCCGCCAUCAUACUGCCCAUAGGGUCGUGCAUUGCUAUGCUGGCGUUCUCUUCGGAAAGGGCUCACGGCAUCGGACUGGCUGGUGCAUCGUGUGCAGUCCUCCUCUUCACAAUCAAGGAAUUGUAUUACCAGUAUGGCACACAAGCGGAGGAAGCGGUGCAAGACCGAAUGAGUCGAGUUCAGCAAAACUUAGACAGCAUGCAGAAGAGAAUCGACAAAGUGAUCGAAGAGGAAUUUACUGCCCCCGUUAGAACACUGGGUGGAACGUUGGGUGAUGCUAUUCGCCAAUCCCCCCAGCAGAUUAGCCAGGGACUUAGAGUCCCAGUUAAAAGCCUGAGUCAGGGAUUCAGUUAUCCAGUCAAAAGCUUGGGUAUAGCACUCCGUCAAGCAGAAAAGAAGAUCAGUUUAUCUACAAGAUCGGCUUGAGAGCACAAUUUUCCACUCCACUGGUGCCCUUAUAAUAACCUCGAGUCACACAUUCACUUCAAGAGGUACGCUAGUGAUUAAUCUUCAGAAGCAUACUUGAAGAAAUUUGGCAGUUCAGCGUACAUUUCUUGUCUAUGUUCAUUGAUGUAUGCUACUUCGGAAACAAUAUUGCAUUCUAGC